AUGGUAACUCUCUUCUCUUCUCUCUCUGUCUCUCUUUCAGGAAUGGUUAUCGCCGAGACGUACGAAGAUUGUGAGCAACCGCCCGAGCUUGCGCACGCCAAGGCCCGGCUCACCGUCGACGACAACGAGGAGUACGUAACGGCACACUACACCUGCCAGACCGGGUACCGGUUGCAGGAUCCGGCCGGUGCAUCCCACCUUCGCUGCAGCAUCGAGACGGACGAAUGGCUGACGGCGCCACCGGUGAAGCUGCCCGUCUGUGUUCGCGGUAAGUCGCAUGAUCACGAUGGGGGUGCUAUCGAGCGGGGAGCGAACGGAAAGGGUCGCAAACCGGGCCAGAAGCCGGGUCAAAACAUUCCGGAGGAAACGGACAUUGACUCGGAGCUGGCGGCCCGGCUCGACCUUUCCUGUAUGACGCAUGGUCUGAUCCGGGCCCCCGAGAUCGACUCCGGUUACGUGGUGAAGUACAACAGACGGAAGAAGGAUGGCAACAUUUUCCUGGUGGCGUACUACGAGUGCGACGAUUACUAUACCCUGCAGCCACCGGAAGUGGAUCGGUUGUACUGCAGUGGCAAGGAGUGGAUCGGCAAGCGGCCGGUAUGCAUCUCAACCCGUACCGGGCUCGAGGACGACGAGGAGGGUGACGAUGACGAAGAGGAGGAGGAAGAGGACGAAGAGGGAGAAGAGGAGUAUGAAGAUGAAGAAGAGGAGGACUCUGAGCAACCAUCCGGACCAUCGGAUGAUGAUGCUCACGAGCAACGGCAAACCAGCACCACCUCGACCACAACAACAACAACGCCGACAACAACAUCAACAACCACCACAACACCGGCUACGACAACAACUACUUCCACCACGACCACUACCGAGCAACCAACAACAACAACAUCAACAUCAACGACAACAACAACGACGGAACGGCACACGGAAGCAAACGUACCGGAUAAUCUGUCAGUGGCACAAGUCGAACAUGACACCACCGGCGGCACGGACUCGGCGGAGGAUCACGAGGAAACCGAUGAAGCGACGGACGACGGCGAUGAAGACGAAGAGCCGGAAGGGGAAGGUGAUGAUGAAGAUCGCGAGGAUCUUCCAUCAGCUCCACGUGGGGAAGAAGCAACAGAGGACACUCCGGCACCGACGGUACCAACGACGAUCGUGGCCGCUUGCGGUUCCGAUCGUGGUGGUUGCGAUCACGACUGUCACAUGAUCUACCGUGGUAACGAGGUGGAACCACAGAUCGAGUGUAGCUGCUACCGGGGCUUCCUGCUGGACCGCCAUGAUGGAAGAACCUGUCACGAUAUCAACGAAUGCCUGGAAAACAAUGGCGGCUGUGAGCAAAGCUGCACCAACAAACCGGGAUCGUACGAGUGUAGCUGUGAGCCGGGGCUGCAGAUUGAUACCCUCAAUGGGCACACCUGUAUCGAUAUUAAUGAAUGUGAAGAUGAAGCCAUCGCUGCCCGCUGCGGUCACGCCAGUGAGUGCGAGAAUACGUACGGAUCGUACCAUUGUCGGGAGCAGCACCGGAGCACCACGGAACACGCCAGCACUGGACAUCGCGUCCCGUCAGAAGACGAGACCGAAGAGGAUGGUGAAGAACGGGAGGAGGGCGAGGAGGAAGAUGAUGAAGAUGAGACAGAACACCAGGAACCGGAUGGUCAAGAUAGGUUGGACCAGUCGGUCAUUGGCCGGCAGCCUCAAGAAGAGGCCCAUCAUCAAUCAUCGAACGGAAUGGCCGGAAGUGACGCAGAGAGUGAUGCUCGCGAGCAGAUUAGCACUUCCAGCGAGGCACCGACGUCUACCGGCCAUGGUGGGCGUACGCCGGAAGUGACAGGCCACGACAGAUCCGAAGCUGAAGACGACGAUAACGAGGAAGAAGGUAGUGGUGGUGACGGCCACAAUGCACCCAAAGUACCGACAGUGAGCUGCGGCGAAGGAUUUCGAUUGAAUCCAGCGACAGGCACUUGUGAAGAUAUCAACGAAUGUGAAGAGCAGGAACAUGGAUGCGAUUACUGCGAGAACGCGUACGGUGGCUAUCAGUGCACCUGCCCCGCCGGUUACGAACUAGCGGAAGACGAUAAGCACUGUGUCGAUGUGGACGAGUGUGCCGAAAGCGGUGAUGAUGGCGAAGAAGAGGGCGGCAGCUCGACAAUCUGUUCCCACGAGUGCCACAACACGAUCGGUUCGUACGAGUGCCACUGUCCGGAAACGUUCCAUCUGAACAACGAUCGACGCACGUGCGCCCGCGAUUUCUGUCAGGAUCUGUACGAGAACCCGAAUAAAACGCGCUGCUCGCACGAGUGCGUGGACGAAGUGGAAGGAUUCCGUUGCCACUGUCCCGAAGGUUGGCUAUUGGACGAGGCGGACCAGAAGACAUGCCGCAGUGCGUACAACUGCGACGAAAGCCAACGGAGACGAUGUGAACCGGGAAGUUGCCGGAACACCGCCGACGGUGAUUACCGUUGCGAGUGCCCGGAUGGGUACGUCCAGAACGAUCACAGUUGUCACGAUCGGGACGAGUGCCAGCUGGGGCGCCAUGAUUGUAGCCACGAGUGUCACAAUACCGCCGGCUCGUAUCGAUGCAGCUGCCCAGUUGGAUUGACCCUUUCGAGCGAUGGCAAAACGUGCGACGACGUAGACGAAUGUCAACGGGAAACGAACGAACUGGAGGGUGUUUGCGGGGAGCUGGAGUGUCGCAACACGUACGGUAGCUACAAGUGUGUCUGCCCGGAGGGCCGUGAACUCGAUGAGUACGGUAUCUGCCGUCAGAUGGACCUGUGCCGGAAAGAUAACGGUGGCUGUUCGCACAUCUGCACUUUCUACAACCGUGAAACGUACUGUGACUGUCCGGACGAUAUGGAACUGGCGGAGGAUGGCAAAACGUGCGAGGUGAGUGAUGUGUGCGGGUUUAACAAUGGCGGUUGCUCGCAUACCUGUGAUCCGAGUGCGAGUGAACAGAUGUGCCACUGCCCGGCGGGGAUGCAACUGGGAGCGAAUGGACGUACCUGUGAGGACGUGAACGAGUGCCACCAGGACAAUGGCCAGUGUGAGCAGAGUUGUCUGAACUUUGAGGGUGGUUUUCGGUGCAGUUGUUUCGAGGGUUACGAGCUAGAAGGCGAUGGACGGAGUUGCGUCGAUCGAGACGAGUGUGCUAGCUUCCAGCCGCACGGAGCAGGCUGUGAUCACAACUGUCACAAUACACCCGGUGCGUACUACUGCACCUGCCACGCCGGGUACCGUUUGGCGGAGAACCGGCGGACGUGUGUGGAUGUGAACGAGUGUGAGGAUCGCAAUGGGAACUGUUCGCAUGUUUGUAUCAAUCUGCUCGGCGGCCAUCAGUGUUCGUGUCCGAAGGGACUGUUCCUGCAGGAAGACGAGCGUACGUGCGAUUUUGUGGACGAGUGUGAGCUGAACAAUGGUGGCUGCUCGCACAGCUGCCAUUAUGAGUACGGUGUCGUGAGUUGCUCUUGUCCCGGGGGAUUCCAGCUGGAAUCGGAACACCAGAAAACGUGCGUCGAUGUGGACGAGUGUAGCCACCGGAAUGGUGGUUGUUCACACCAGUGCCACAACACACCCGGUAGCUACCAGUGCCAGUGUCCGGGUGGCCAUGAGCUACACCACGAUCGUCACAGUUGCCGCGAUAUCGACGAGUGCAUCGUGGCGAAUGGGAAUUGUUCCAACAUCUGCAUCAACCUUCCCGGGGGACAUCGGUGUACUUGCGAGAUCGGGUACGAACUGGCAGAAGAUGGCCGUACCUGUGUCGAUGUGGACGAGUGUACCGAUGGUACGCACGAUUGUUCCCAUCGCUGUGUGAACGUACCCGGUGCGUACGAGUGCGAGUGUCCGGAUGGGUUCAAGCUUGGCCGCAAUCGGCUGAGCUGCGAAGAUGUGGACGAAUGUGUCGCACUGCCGGACCGGGGUGGCUGUGAGUAUCGUUGUGUCAACACGAUCGGAUCGUACCACUGCGGGUGCCCCGAUGGUCACCGUUUAGCGGCGGAUAAUCGAACCUGUUCCGAUGUGGACGAAUGUAGCGACGGUGAGAGGCGGUGUACGCAUGAUUGUGUUAACACGAUCGGAGGAUUCGAGUGUUUGUGUCCUUCGGGGCUGCGGUUGGAUAUCGAUAAGGUCACGUGUGUCGAUAUUGAUGAGUGCCGGAUCAACAACUUUAACGGUGGAUGCUCGCAUAUUUGCGAAAACACACAGGGAAGUUUCCAGUGCCGUUGCCCAGCCGGUAUGACACUCGGUGAGGAUCAGGCCACGUGUGAAGAUGUCGAUGAGUGUGCGGUACUGAACGGAGGAUGCAGCCAGCUUUGUAUUAACCGUGAAGGGGGUUAUCGGUGCGCUUGCCAUCCGGGCUACACUCUCAUGGCGUCCGAUAACGAAACCUGCGAAGUGUCGAACCCUUGUGCGCUACGGAACGGAGGAUGCCAGCAUUACUGCACCCUGAAGGCCGGACUACCGGUGUGUUCGUGCCGGGAAGGGUACGUCCUGAAUCGCACCAACCAGGCGUCCUGUAUCGAUCACAACGAGUGUCUUCAGCCGAAAGAUCACAACUGCCAGCAGCGGUGCGUUAAUGUGGAGGGUUCUUAUCGGUGCGAAUGUUAUCCGGGGUACGAGAAGAAUGAACUGGGACAGUGCAUUGACAUCAACGAGUGUCUGGUGGAUAAUGGGGGCUGUGGGGCGAAGGGACAGUGCGUUAAUACGGCCGGUGGUAGUCGCUGUACUUGCCCGAAUGGAUUGUUGAGCCCGGAUCGGAGAAGCUGCAUUGAGCUGCAGGAUAAAUGUAAACCAUUGGCUGCACCGCGGAAUGCGGUCAUCCGGUGUACGAGGUCUCGCCAUAAGACGCAACAUUUUUACCGCUCCAAGUGUAUCAUCAGCUGUAAGAAGGGCUUCAAGCUGCACGGUCCAGCGGUACGGCAUUGUAAUGGUACUGGCGAGUGGGAUGAGGGUGAAUCGAUCUGCGUUCCGCUGGCCUGUCCACGACUUAGCCGACCAGCGAACGGUGUCAUCCUGCCCGUUGCCUGCACCGCCGGAAAGAUCUUCUCCAACGAACGUUGCAGACUGCACUGUAACCCAGGAUUCCGGCCGCUAACGAAGAAUGUGGCCAUGUGUAACCUAACGCAGGCCUGGGUACCGAGUGCGAAUCUACAGUGUGUUCCGAUUGGCGGCGGCGCUGGGCUACCGACGGCCACUCCAACGUCGGCACCACCUACGACGAGCGCACCUGUUAAACCGUUCAUUCGGUGCCCCCCGGACGUGCACGAGGUACUACCGAUUGGGCAGUACUCGAUGUUGGUACGGCUCGAGCGUCCGAAAACGAAUGUCGAUUGGCAUCAGGAUGUGGAUGCGCAUCCGGCGUGGGGUAAGCAGUUGCAGGCGGAACUGAAGGCCGGUGAGACGAUCGUGACGUACCGUGCCCGGAGUCCGACGACGAACGUGAACGAUGUUUGCCGGGUGGUGAUUAGGAUUAGAGAACGAAAACCACCAACCGUGCUGCAGUGUCCCGAGUCGUUCGAGGUGCAGCUAGACCGCGGUGAACCCUCACGGUCAAUCGUUUGGCCAGAACCGAAGUUCGAGUCCCACAUCGAGAUCAAGCAACUGUACAAAUCCAACACACCCGGCCAACCACUUCCGGCUGGUGUUCAUUACAUCAACUACAUCGCAACGGAUGCGGACGGGUUGAGUGCCAACUGUAACUUCCGGGUUUUGGUGAAAGUGGGCCCAUCAGUGGAAGUGGUAGAACGGAGACCUCCCUCGGUCGGUACACCGUCACUGGGUAACCCCAAACCGGGCGAGCUGGCCCGCCUGGAGAACCACGAAUCGUAUCUCAUCUGUCCGGGCAAACCGCCGGUGCGGCUCGAUGGCCACUAUCCCAUACACGUUCCGCAAGGUUGCGUUGUGAAGAACAUUCGCAUCAAGCAGAAGCUGGCCAGAUUGAGGCACCAGCAGCGUAUGCUUGCUCAGCACUUGCAGCAACUGCAGGAGGCGCCCGAUACGAACCCGGCCCUGAUACAGCAGCAGCAUCAGCGUUACAAUAAUCUUUUGCGUUACUACUCCUCCUGGGACCGAGUAUCGAGCUCUGGAAGUGCAAGUGGAGGUGGUUCCUCCGCUCCUGCUGCUGCUGCUGCUGCUUCUACUGCCGCUACUGGUGCCACUUCAUCCUAUCACCAUCGGCCUGCGUACCCUGCGGCAGUUGCAACACAUUAUCAGCAACAGCGAACGCAUCAAUCGAUCCAUCAUCACCAACACCACCAACAGCAGCAGCAGCAGCAGCACCAUCAACCGCGUCGAUGGAUGCGAAAGCGUAGCCGAGCGAAUGCUGAAGUGGCCGAUGGUAGUGCAGCUGCAGCGUCGACAAGGACUCACGAAGGAGCGACCUUGGAAGCCGCGAAUAGUGCAACGGCAGGAGCAGCCUAG